AUCCGCGACCAACGGGCGUCCUCGCUCGCGUGAGGCUCCCCCUAAUUUGAAAUCGUUAGCGGGCGGUCACCCAUUCGCACAUUAUCUUCUCUUACUUCUCUCUCUUCUCCACCUCCGAUCUCUACGAUCGCCGAAAAGAGGGGCGAAAAAAGACGGCGAGGAACGAAAGAAGGAAAACCGUAGUUUUAGUUUAUCCAUUUUCCCCCUAUUCUUGAAGGGUUUCGAAGCUUCUUGAGGUUUCUUGCCCUGUGAUCUUGCGUUGAGAGCUACUGAUGGAGAGCUCGGAGGAGGCGAAAGCGUCGCGGAAGGACUGCGUCAAGGUCGCCGUCAAUAUCCGGCCUUUGAUCACCAUGGAGCUCCUCAUGGGGUGUGCUGAUUGUGUCACCGUUGUUCCUGGGGGGCCUCAGGUGCAAAUUGGUUCACAUGCAUUCACGUAUGAUCAUGUCUAUGGGAGUUCAGGCUCUCCCUCCUCUUUAAUAUUUGAAGAAUGCAUUCUCCCUCUUAUAGAUGCACUAUUCCGUGGCUACAAUGCCACUGUACUUGCCUAUGGACAGACUGGUUCUGGGAAAACCUAUACAAUGGGAACCAACUACACUGGUGAAGAUAAUAGCAGAGGUAUUAUCCCGCAAGUGAUGGAAACGAUCUUUAAGAAAGUUGAUACUAUGAAGGACACUAUGGAGUUUCUAAUAAGAGUAUCUUUUAUUGAGAUUUUUAAGGAAGAGGUCUUCGAUUUGUUAGACCCACAACCUCAUGCUGCUCUGAGAUCUGAGAAUGCUUCUCUUGCCAAACCAGCAGCACCGUCCAGAGCUCCCAUUCAAAUUAGAGAAACAGCCAAUGGCGGGAUCACUCUUGCAGGUGUUACUGAAGCUGAGGUCAGGUCAAAAGAGGAGAUGGCAUCAUAUCUGACUCGUGGUUCUUUAUCUCGUGCAACGGGAAGUACAAAUAUGAAUAGUCAAUCAAGUCGCUCGCAUGCCAUUUUUACCAUAUGCAUGGAGCAAAAGAAAAUUGCUAAUAACCCAUGUAGUGGAGCGAUAAACAAUGAUGUUGGUGAUGAUAUAUUAAUUGCAAAACUUCAUCUAGUGGAUCUUGCUGGUUCUGAACGUGCAAAACGUACUGGAGCCGAUGGGUUGCGACUCAAAGAGGGAAUACAUAUCAACAAGGGCUUGCUAGCUCUUGGCAAUGUGAUUAGUGCAUUAGGUGAUGAGAAGAAGCGCAAAGAAGGGGGACAUGUUCCAUAUCGUGAUAGCAAGUUAACUCGCCUUUUGCAGGAUUCUCUUGGUGGUAAUAGCAAAACAGUGAUGAUUGCCUGCAUUAGCCCUGCUGACUCUAAUGCUGAAGAGACUAUAAAUACUCUCAAGUAUGCCAACCGUGCACGCAACAUCCAGAACAAAGCGGUGAUAAACCGUGACCCAGUGGCUGCAGAGAUGCAAAGAAUGCGUAGUCAACUGGAGCAGCUGCAGGCUGAGCUUCUCUUUUGUCGUGGUGGAGGUGCACCUCUAGAGGAACUUCAGAUUCUUCGACACAAAAUCUCUUUGCUCGAGGCCAGCAACACAGACCUCCGUCAGGAGCUAAAAGAGUGUCAUAUCACCUGCAAACGUCUUGCACAACAGGCCAUUGAUGCUCAGGUGGAAAAGGAUAAGCUGGUUAUGAAGAUUGAGUCAGCUCGUAGUGGAAAACCAUGGGAUGAGAUUGAUAAAAUGGACAAAACUCAGGUGCUUUCACAGGAAUUGGAUCUGGUAAAAGGUUAUGUAUCAAAGAUUCAGGAGUUAGAAGCAGAGUUGCUGCGGGUGCAGAACUUUUCUAGCCCUUGUGGGAAUGGCUUCAUGGAUCACCUUGCUCUGGAUGACACAUCAUCAGGUGAAGCUGAGGAGGAAGAAAAGGAAAGGGAACAUUCUACACUGCAAGACAAACUGGAUCAAGAGCUCCAGGAACUGGAUAAACGGCUAGAGCAAAAAGAGGCGGAAAUGAAACAGUUUGCUAAGGCAGAUACAUCAGUUCUAAAACAGCAUUAUGAAAGGAAGCUGUUAGAGCUUGAGCAAGAAAAGAGAGCAUUGCAGAAAGAGAUUGAAGUACUCAAGUUUAAUCUUGCAAACAUAUCGUCUACUUCAGAUGAGGGUGCUCAAAAAUUGAAGGAAGAUUAUCUUCAAAAACUAAACAUGCUUGAGGCCCAGGUUUCUGAGUUGAAGAAAAAACAAGAGGCUCAAUCUCAAUUGUUGAGACAAAAACAGAAGAGUGAUGAAGCAGCUAAACGGUUACAAGAGGAAAUCCAAAGGAUAAAGUCCCAAAAGGUUCAAUUACAACAAAAAAUUAAGCAAGAAUCAGAACAGUUUAGAUCAUGGAAGGCUUCACGUGAAAAGGAAGUUUUGCAGCUUAAGAAGGAAGGGCGAAGGAAUGAGUAUGAGAUGCAUAAGUUGUUGGCAUUGAAUCAGAGGCAAAAGAUGGUCUUGCAGCGGAAAACUGAAGAAGCUGCAUUGGCCACCAAAAGACUGAAGGAGCUACUAGAAGCAAAAAAGUCUUCUUCUCGUGAUGGCUCUGGCCCUGGUAAUGGACAUGGCCCAGGAAUUCAGGCACUGAUGCAGGCCAUUGAGCAUGAACUUGAGGUUACUGUAAGGGUCCAUGAAGUACGUUCAGAAUAUGAGCGACAAAUGCAAGAGAGGGCUGCCAUGGCUAACGAGGUAUUAAGACUAAAGGAAGAAUCUGAAAUGUUUAAGCAGAAAAUUAUGAGUGAUUGUCCUCAGACGAUGUCUCCAAGUGCAAGAAAUUCCAGGAUUUCAGCACUUGAAAAUAUGCUGGCAACUUCUUCUAGCACUCUUAUAUCCAUGGCCUCACAAUUGUCAGAAGCUGAGGAGCGUGAACGUGUCUUUAGUGGCAGAGGACGCUGGAAUCAAGUCCGUUCACUUGCUGAAGCAAAAAAUCUAAUGAACUAUCUAUUUAACUUAGUAUCCUCCUCAAGGUGCCAGUUAUGGGAUAAAGAAGUGAACUGCAGAGAGAAGGAUUCAGUAAUAAGCGAACUGAAGGAAAAGGUGGUUAGACUGAAUAGCCUGGUUAGACAGUUGGAAGCGCAAAUGGUUGAACUGCAUAAGCGAAACCAGCAGAAGUCAUCUUUGAAGGGAAAUUCUAAGGAGUCUGCUGGAAGUUUUGGGCCCAAUAUCUCUGGCUCUGGAGAAGAUGGGCAUGCCUACGCUCUGCGCAAGGCUCCACGAACCUCCCAGUUUUUCAACCAAGCUCGGAGUACUAUGGAUUUGUUGGAUGAUAUGGAUAUAUCUGAUACUGAGUCAGAUGAGUUUGAAUCUGACUUGGGUGAUGAAGAUUGGGUAGAAUCUGGAAAGAAGAUGGUGAAAACACGUUCUAAAGCAUCUCAAAAUAUGAAGUUCCACUGGGGGGAUGGUCAUGCUUCAGAAAAUUCAAAAUCAGAGAUAUCUAGUGAGGAGGGAAAACCUAAAGUUGAAAAGAAUGUGUUUGAUCAGUGCUGCUCUUGUUCAAGGAGCUCAUUCUGUAAAACUAAGAAAUGCGAGUGCCGAGCUGCUGGUAGUACAUGCACUGCUUCUUGUGGGUGCAUUCCUUCAAAGUGUAGUAACAGGGAAGGUGGCUUCGUUGAUAAUGUGUCGGAAGAGACAUCCCAUGCAGAGGCGACAGAGAGUGGCGGGAGUCAUUCUUCAUUUGAUCAUGUUGAUGAGAAGAGCAGGGAACUGGUAGCUAAUGGAGCCAUGCUGCUUCAGAGUGCGCUGAGUGAGAGGCUAGCCAAAGAAAAUCAAGAUGUGCAGCCAAGAAAGCCCUUAACUGAUAUUGGGAAUACUGUGGUUAAUCAAAAUGUUUCUAAGCAAAGCCGGAGGAAGAAAUGGCGCAAGUCAACAAUUCAGCUUGUUCCAUCUGAACCUCUGCCAUCCUCCGUGCGAGAAACCAAUGAAGCUCCUAGGACUAGGGGUGAUGUACCCCUUAGAUUGCCGCGUGCAAUGGAUUCUGCACACUUGGUCGACAACCCUCCCCUGGCAGAUCGUAAUUCUGUGAAAGCUGAUGGGUCUGUGAGUAGUGACAAGGAUAGUAGGGGCCUCGUUCCUUCGAGAUCACCAGUUCGGUUGCGGAAAGCAGCAGACGAGAAGGAGAACCAUAUGCUGUAACUGCCCUGACAUUGCUUCCCCUUAACUCUCUGGACAGUCUCUGCUGAGCUAUCCACUGUUGUGCAUGAUCUUGUUGUGUACUACCAUGCACAGUAGCUACGUAUGCAUUGGACCAAUUCUCCUUAAAAGAAUGCAUGAAGAAGGAAGCUGGCUUUGGUCUUUGGAAGCCAUAAUGAGGAUUAUCUGGGGUGUGGUAACUGUUUUACUGUUAUUCUCCUUCGGCCUUGCAAUCAAAAUAUCUUUGAUGGGUAAAGAAAAGUUUUGGUCCUCACAUGUGUAUUUAUCCAAAAUAACAAUUGUUUAUUUUGGCAACUAUCUAAAUCAUUUGAGUACCCAAAAGAAAAAAAAAAGAAGAAGAUCAUUCAAUUACAUAAUGGAAUGCAUUUUAAGUUA